GUGGUUCUUCAGGCAAGUACAACAUAUCAGACAAGUUGCCUCCUUUUGUAGAUAUUUUUCAGACAAAGCUCAAUUACAACCAAGCACAUUCUGAAGAAUGUGACGAGGAGGAGGAAGAGGAUAUGCCUCCUCCUCCAAUCGCCAGUCGACCUCCUAGAACUAUAUCCAUGUACACAAAACCUGUUGAGCAGGAUGAAAACACUGUGGACGGUGCCACAGAGAACAAAGCAGAGAAACCAAAGAAAGCCAAGAUGACCAAUGAGGAAAUCAUGGAGAAACUCAGAACUAUUGUUACAAUAGGAGAUCCAAACAGGAAGUAUACAAAGAUGGAAAAGAUAGGACAAGGAGCAUCAGGGACUGUGUACAUUGCAAUAGAGGUGGCCACGGGAAGAGAGGUUGCUAUCAAAACCAUGAACCUAUCCCAGCAACCUAAAAAGGAAUUAAUCAUCAAUGAAAUUCUAGUCAUGCGAGAAAAUCAGAACCCUAACAUUGUCAACUACCUCGACAGUUAUCUGGUUGGAGAGGAAUUGUGGGUUGUCAUGGAGUUCUUAGCUGGAGGUUCUCUGACUGAUGUUGUCACUGAAACAUGCAUGGAUGAAGGUCAAAUUGCUGCUGUCUGUAGAGAGUGUUUGCAAGCCCUUGAGUUUCUGCAUGACAACCAGGUGAUACACAGAGACAUCAAGAGUGACAAUAUUCUCCUAGGCAUGGAUGGCAGUGUUAAACUGACUGAUUUUGGCUUUUGUGCCCGGCUGUCACCUGAGCAGAGCAAGCGGUCAACCAUGGUUGGAACUCCUUAUUGGAUGGCACCAGAAGUUGUUACCAGAAAACAGUAUGGGCCAAAGGUUGAUAUUUGGAGUUUAGGUAUCAUGGCCAUUGAAAUGAUUGAAGGAGAGCCUCCUUAUCUCAAUGAAAACCCUCUGAGGGCUCUUUAUCUCAUUGCGACCAACGGCAAGCCAGAUAUCAAGGAGAAGAAUAAACUGUCCCCGGUCUUUCAAGAUUUUCUGGACAAAUGUUUGGAGGUUGAUGUUGACAAGCGUUCAUCUGCUUCUGAGCUUUUAAAGCAUCCCUUUCUACGUUUAUCCAAGCCUUUGGCUAGUCUUGUUCCCCUGAUUAUGGCUGCCAAGGAUACUCAGAAGGGUGGCCACUGA